AUGCCUUACAAAAUCAACCGAAUGAAAAAUUCGCUCGAGAUAAAUGAAACCGGAGGUACCUUAUUGGUUGAUGAGCGGAAGAGAUUAAGAAUAGGUGAGUUAUAUCGCUACAAGUUUUCCGUGAACAAAGAUGUAAUUAAGGAACAAGGGCUAGAUGUAUCGCAUCUAUUCUUGAGGAUCAAGAACGAGGAAAGCGCGCUUCUGCGACCGCUUUAUUUGACGGGGCCAUAUUCUUUUUACAUCGAUGUUAGGCCGCAUAACUAUAAUGAGAAUCGCAAGUUUCCAGGGAAGGAAAUUAUUCCAUUUGUUGAAAAUCUAAAGCCGGACGAAAGAUUUAAAGUAAAAAUAUUAUUGAAUGAGAAUUCUAGAGUUGGCGACACUUCUCUUUAUUCAUGGACAAUAGAUAUAAUUUCGCAGUUGGCGGUAACCACAAUUCCGAAGCUGGAAUUUUCGUUUAGGAUAGGGACUACAAGGAAGGUGGUCAAGAAAUCGAAUGGGCUCUUUAAGAGUAUUGAAGGUGUCUCUUUAGAGAUGUGGGAUACUGAAACCCUUUGGGAUUUACCACCAAAAUUUCCAGAAAAGCCUGUACAUCUCGUUAUUAUGACACAUGGUAUAUUUUCUAAUAUCGGGUGUGAUAUGCUAUAUAUGAAAGAUAAAAUUGAAGAAAUGACGUUUCCUAUGGAUGAGUCUAUUAAUCCGAAUAUAAUUGUUCGAGGUUUUAUGGGCAACGUCGGGAAAUCAGGUCACGGUAUACAUUGCUUGGGCGUUAGAGUUGGAAAGUAUGUGCUUGAGACUGUUGAUAAGUUGAAUAAAAAGUACAAAGUAGACAGGAUAUCAUUCAUUGGCCAUUCCCUAGGAGGGCCAACUCAAUCCAUGGCGGUGCGUUACAUAAGUAUUAAAAGACCAGAUUUUUUUGAUGCAGUUAAAGGUGUUAAACCCGUUAAUUUUAUUACGUUAGCUAGUCCUUUCAUCGGUGUUAUUGGCGACUUCCCCUUUUAUUUGUCUGUUCCACUGGAUAUGGGCGCGCUUGGUUUGACAGGAAGGGACUUGAAUUUAAAAUAUACACCGUUAACGUCCAAAGAUGGGUUGUAUGCAGACGAUGAAGUGUACCCAGAACAUUCCAAGUACAUAUUAGAAAUUCUUCCACAGGCGCCGGCUAAAAAAGUAUUUGAGUCUUUUAAGAGGAGAACGAUAUAUGCCAAUGUCAUGGAUGAUGGUAUUGUUCCAUUACGAACUGCUGCACUUUUGUAUCUGGAUUGGCGAAGCAUACACAAAGUCCAGAAAAUUAGGAAAAAAAAUAAGAACUCUCCAACUUCAAGCGAGUUUGUGUCCUCCGAUAGCCCAGAGAGUAGUGGAGCAUCAUCACCUUCAAACGAAAAUGGUAACAACGUCGGGGAGAUUCCUGCAGAAAGUCCAAACAAAAAAGCGACGUUGCAGUGGACUUUACCUCAGGCCGUUAUCCACGGAAGUAAAAUAAAUAAAUAUAAGAGAGGACAAACUAAUGAAGCCAACUCAGAUUCGGAUAAUGAACAAGGAGUAUUUCUUGAUGGUCAAAAGUUCGAACCUCCAAAAGAAGCCAAUACUGUAUUGUCUGCAUUAUCGGUAUUGACAGCUGCCAUACCAGAUCAGGAGUAUAUCAAAAACCCGGCUGUAAGGAAAGAUGAAGUCAUUCAUGAUAAACUUUAUCACCCGGAAGAAUUACCUCCGCCGCAUUAUGAGAAUAGGCCUAUCGUUAAGAAGCUUAUAUAUCCUAAUGAGAGUGUCAACAGGAUUCAAGAGCGCAUUGCUAGAGAAUGGCAAGAAACGAUGACUUGGAGAAAAGUAUUAGUGCAGAUCCAGCCUGAUUCCCAUAACAAUAUCGUAGUAAGAAGAAGAUUUGUUAAUUUAUACGGCUAUGUUGCUGUGGAACACAUGGUUGAGCACCAUUUCGGAUCCAAGGUUUGUAGCGAGCUGGCUGAAGAUGCAAAUGAGCCAAAAGAUGAGCCAAACCAGUCAUCGCAAGCGGACCGGUCGAAUGAGUAUAACGAGGGGGAAAUAUCAAAGGGCGCGGAGAAUGCCACAUGA